CGGCGUCCUUUCCUGGCCCGUUGACGUUGGCCUCGGUAGCUGCGAGGGCCCCGGGGGAGGAGGGGCGCGGGCAGACGGGCAUCUUCGGGGUCGGUAAGCCCUCAUCCGACGUGUCGGGGCUGUUAGAUGUGAAUCUCGAUGGAGCAGCCCGAGGAAGGCGAGCAGGCGCAGCAGCAGCCCUGGGGAAGGCUCCUCCGCCUAGGCGCCGAAGAGGGCGAGUCGCACAUCCUGCUGUGGAAACGGGAGUGGACCAUCGGGCGGAGGAGAGGUUGUGACCUUUCAUUCCCUGGCAAUAAGUUGGUCUCUGGAGAUCACUGUAAGAUCAUAGUGGAUGAAAAGUCUGGUCAGGUGUCACUGCAGGAUACCAGUACCAACGGGACAGUAAUUAACAAGCUGAAGAUUGUUAAGAAGCAGACCUGCCCUUUGCAGACAGGGGAUGUCAUCUACGUAGUGUACAGGAAGAAUGAGCCGGAACACAAUGUGGCAUACCUCUAUGAGUCUCUAAAGGAAAAGCAAGGUGUCACACAAGAGUCCUUUGAAGCAAAUAAAGAAAAUGUGUUCCAUGUGACCAAAGAUACCUCAGGGGCAGGGAGCGGUGGUGACGCCCAGGCCCUGCCCCCACCGCCUGCCACCCCGACGUGCUUUGAGGAGCCACAGCCAUCCACGUCAACAUCGGACCUCUUCCACACGGCCUCUACCUCGUCCGUGGAGCCUGCUUCUGUGGGGCAGGAGCAGAUCUCCAUGUCUGGGCCUGGAGGUGCAGUCCCCCCAUCACAGGGUUGUGGUCCCACUGUGGCAGAUGAGGAAGCCUCCAGCUCCGUGUCUGUGCUCCCCGACACAGAGGGCAGGCCGUUGUGUUUGUCAGAGCCCCAGGGUUGGGAGGACUGGGAGCCCACAAAAAAGAAGAUGAGAGGCGACGGGGAGCCCCGUCUGAGCCCUCGACUGCUCGUCGCAGACCUGUGUCAGGAUGCCCCGGCUGGCCGCGAGGACAGCCGAGCUGCAGCUGUGAAACCAGACAGGAUGGAGGAGACACUCACCUGCAUCAUCUGUCAGGACCUGCUACAUGACUGCGUGAGCCUGCAGCCCUGCAUGCACACCUUCUGCGCUGCCUGCUACUCGGGCUGGAUGGAGCGCUCGUCCCUGUGCCCCACCUGCCGCUGCCUGGUGGAGCGGAUCUGCAAGAACCACAUCCUCAACAACCUGGUGGAGGCCUACCUCACCCAGCACCCAGACAAGGGCCGCACCGAGGAAGACCUGCGGAGCAUGGAUGCCAGGAACAAGAUAACUCAGGACAUGCUGCAGCCCAAGGUCAGGAGGUCGUUCUCGGAUGAGGAGGGCAGCUCGGAGGACCUGCUGGAGCUGUCAGACGUUGACAGUGAAUCCUCGGACAUCAGUCAGCCGUACAUCGUGUGCAGACAGUGCCCAGAAUCCAGGAGGCAGGCACAGCCACUCCCCUGCCCGGGGCCCGAGAGUGAGCAGGGGGCCCCACAGGCCCUGGGGGAUGCCCCGUCCACGUCUGCUAGUCUCCCAACAGCAGCCCAGGACUACGUGUGCCCAGCCCAGGGGAGUCACGCCGUCUGCACCUGCUGCUUCCAGCCCAUGCCGGACCGGAGAGCAGAGCGCGAGCAGGACCCCCGCGUCGCCCCACAGCAGUGUGCGGCGUGCCUGCAGCCCUUCUGCCACCUGUACUGGGGCUGCACCCGGCCCGGCUGCUUCGGCUGCCUGGCCCCGCUCUGUGAGCUCAGCCUUGGGGACCAGUGUCUGGACGGUGUACUGAACAACAACAGCUUCGAGUCGGACAUCCUGAAGAAUUACCUGGCGGCCAGGGGCUUGACGUGGAAGAACCUGUUGACAGACAGCCUGGCGGCUCUGCAGAGGGGGGCCUUCCUGCUCUCCGACUAUAGGAUCACGGGAAACACGGUGUUGUGCUACUGCUGUGGCCUGCGCAGCUUCCGGGAGCUGGCCUACCAGUAUCGGCAGAACAUUCCUGCUUCUGAACUGCCAGUGGCUGUAACAUCCCGUCCUGAUUGCUAUUGGGGUCGGAACUGCCGAACUCAGGUGAAAGCGCACCAUGCCAUGAAAUUCAAUCAUAUUUGUGAACAAACACGGUUCAAGAACUGAAUGUCAGGUGAAGCACCGAAAUGACUGGAGAGCUGAAGGUUAAGUGACAGACGGUUUUCAAAGGCUUAGCUCCAAACGCAAGCAUCCUAAGGGCAUUUUCUGGUUCCCUUCUCAGGGGAAGUGGGGUCUCGGCCUCAGGGGCUCUGGUGUGACUCUCUCACUUUGUGGAGCUUUACCCUCGAGUGAGACCUUUUCAAGCGGAAGGUCCAGCCGGCCCUCAGCCGUCUUCCCAGCUGGGUGCUCGUCCCCAGUGCACUGUCCCAGAGCCACAGCCUAUACCCAGGAGGAGUCCCUGCUCUCCCUCAGCGUCCUGGGGCAGCCAGAGCCUGGAGCCUGAGAGCCUCCCAUCGGAAAACCGUUCCCUCUGUGCAGAUGACAAUAGUGAGCUUUGCUGUUUUUACCUUCUCCACAACUACGCCUACAAUGAAAUCUCGUCAAGAAAAGUUUCAUAGGAGAAAAGGAAGUUUAUCAGACAGCUUUGUUGUUUAGGGAAAAAGGGGCACAAGUUUACAACCUGUCAGGUGUACAGAACAUGCUGCUGUGGGGAAAACCACAGUGUUUUAUAUAUUGUUUAUUUUAAUAGGUUUGGUGCUUAUCUUCUAAUAAGAUUUAAAUAUCACAAAAGUAGCACAAAUAAUAUAAUUUAUAAUUUUCAAAUCAAUGAAAUUUGGAAUAGUGUUUGAAAGAAUAAAUGUAUGUUUCUGUUUCUUAAAAAAAAAGACCAUCGGAUGUCCAAAACUGCUGAACUUCGAGCUUCCAGCCUUAAGUCAGUGGCUGUCCUCCUCAGGACUGUGCAAGGCCGUUACCCGGACAUCUCAGCGUGGUUCUCGUGGGGCUGUUGGUGAAGGCAGUGAGCAUGCGGCCGGGCACGGGCAGCUGCUGGCGCGCUCGGCAUCAGGGAUCUCCCAGGCCGACCGUGACCGAUCCGAGCUCCUCUCCUCACAUUCUCUGCUGUAGCCAGAAAGCCCUUCCUUGCUAAUGUCACUCUUCUGCCCCUCCCUGCGUCCCUUGGCCCACUGAGGCCACAGGUUGUGGGGUGGUGGUGAGUGGAAGCUGGGUGCUGUGAGGGUGCAGGACAGCUUCCCAGUGCCGGCUCGGGGCCCCCAUAAUGGCUUUGGCUGUGUGCUCUGGCCUCACUUCUGUCUGUCCUGCCAAGUUCCCAAGCCCACGGAGACAGCGCCUGGAGCCAGUUCUUGCCACGGGCAUGGCCUUGGCCCCCUUCACACCUGCCCUUUCCUUCUCCGUCAGGACUGCCAUCUCAUCUGGAAUAAUACUUGAAAUGUUUGUAAGAAAAAAUUGCUUUUUACCUUUUGUUGAAAUCACCUGUUACAUUUGUUCGCAAACAUAACUUUCUUGCUCCUUCUCAGGAAUACAAUUUGCACCUGUUGUCUUGCUCUUGCUACACGCUGAGAAGCCGCUCUGUUUGUCUGUGGGAAAGGCCUUUUUUUGCUUUCUAGUAGCCAGCUGUGUGGUUUCUCUCCCGUCACGCCUGGUUCACACCUGACCCAAGCCUGCAGUUCUGCCAGAAACAAAGCAGGCACGCUUAGCCCCAGAGGCCGCACUCAUGUGUGACGAAGGGAAUAUCCUUCCUGGUGUCUGCUGACUAACGUGGGCUCCAUCAUCAGACUGACCCCACCCCAAGGCGCAGCCGUCACGCGUGGCGAA